GUGACCCGCACCUCUCUCAUCUCCCGCUCCACCACUGCUGCUGUGUGUGCUCGCCUGCUCGCUGCCUCUCUUGAAGCCGUGCAGCAACCUUCUGCUCCCUGCCUCCCUGCCUACUCCUCCAUGCCUCCAUGCCUCCAUGCCUCCAUGCCUCCAUCCCUCUGUGCGCCUGUGUUGCGGUGUCUCUGUGCGCCUGUGUUGCGGUCUCUCUGUGCGCCUGUGUUGCGGUGUCUCUGUGCGCCUGUGUUGCGGUCUCUCUGUGCGCCUGUGUUGCGGUGUCUCUGUGCGCCUGUGUUGCGGUGUCUCUGUGCGCCUGUGUUGCGGUGUCUCUGUGCGCCUGUGUUGCGGUGUCUCUGUGCGCCUGUGUUGCGGUGUCUCUGUGCGCCUGUCUUGGUCUUCCAAUCCUCGCACAUCCUUGCCCACCACUGGGAGGAACCACCUGCUAACCUCGCCUGGUUGCCCAUCCCACUUCCUUCCUGCCAGGGCAACAGCAGUGAGCUUCCAUGCUCCUACCUCCUCCACUCACCCUCUCACUCUCCUUCGCUCACUCUCCACACUCUCCCUCCUCAUUCACACCCUCCUCCCCCUUACGGCAUCUCUCCCGCACUUUCUUUCCCUCCCCUUCCCCUAGCCGGCCCACGAGACACGAGUCCCGAGGCGGCGCAUGCAGUGACGUACGACUACCAGUCAGGGGAGGGCGGGCUGCCGCCUUUGGUGUGGCGCAACGAGCGGUGGGAGGUGGACACGGCCAAGUGGCACGCCAGGAUUGCAGCUGCUGCCAAGAUGCGGGGGUCUGCUGGAACAAGGGGUGCUGCUGGCAAGGCUGUGGGCGGGGCAGGGCACACCUCUAAGGGGGCUGAGAGUCAGGCCAAGGGCAAGUGA